GGAUAAUUCACAAACGCUCGGGAAGCGGACACUUUCACUGUGACAUACCGCAUUAAAAGUAACUGAACCUAACAACCAGAGAACAGUUAGAAUGGAGAGUGCCAUUGCCAUUGUUCAAACUCCUACAGAAGAGUUUCAUAGAAGAAGCGGCUUAAAGGACAUCAGAAACCCAAAACACAGUGAAAAACUAACUUUUCUUCGGUAUUUCAGGAAGUACACAUCGUCUUUACCAUCCGACUGUAAACCGUGGAAGAUAGCCGACAUGACUUUGAUCUCCAAUGGCCGCUUUGCGAUUAUGGACACAGCAAAUACAAGGCUUAAAAUUUUUACCCCUGAUUUUGUUCACGUUACCAGUAAAAUCCUUUCUGACGAUUCACACAGUCUUACAAGUUUACAAGGAGAUAAAAUAUUCGUGAUGGACAAUACUUUGGUUAGUUACUAUCUAUUUAGCAAAGGGAAACUAAGUUUAGAGGAAAAAUUCGAAUUGACUGGCAUGCACUAUGAUAUCUUUAGUGAUGGAAAUGUGCUUUUUCUAAUUAAAUUAACGACUUUUGUAGUAAAAAAUGACAAGUUUGAGACUCUAAAAACCAUUGAUUUCAAACCAACAUUAGGAUACACGCCAGAUACCCUUAUGUUUGAUAAAAAUGAAAACAUUAUAUUUUUUAACUGUGACACCUGUUCUAUUGUAAGUUGGGAUAAAUUUCAAGCUGAAAAAUGGCGCCUUAAUGACGUAGAUUCUUGUAUAAAUAUUCACAAUUAUGGACUGGGCUGGAUCGUAGUGGGUAUGGAGGAGGUGGUUUUUGUUGAUUUAGGAGGGCGCACGUUUGAGCAGUGUCUUGGGGACCCGGAGUGUGAGGAUUAUAGAUGUUCUGUAAUAGACUGUGAAAGGAAGAAGCUGUUUCUAUCAGACAAGAGAAAUGUAUAUGAGUAUGAUCUGGAGAUACAAAAUGUAAUGAAAUAA